AUGGACGCUGAAUCAGAAGGGGUACAGCCCGUGAAUCCCGCUACCAAUGCAUCAAAUUCUGAAGUCGACUUAGCAGCGCGUCGCCGCCAUUUUGUGUCUCAGCCGUCUACCUUAGCAUCUCGGCGUCAGCAGGCAGUGUGUGUACGUCGCGCUCACAAGAUGUAUGGCAGUGCAAAGAAUCCGAACGUUGUCCUAGAUGGAUUGAAUAUGACAGUUUCAAAAGGUUCAAUAUAUGGAUUAUUGGGAGCCUCUGGAUGCGGCAAGACAACACUACUCUCAUGCAUUGUUGGACGAAGGCGAUUAAAUUCUGGUGAAAUUUGGGUUCUCGGUGGACGUCCUGGUUCAAGGGGUUCUGGUGUACCAGGCCCUCGAAUCGGAUAUAUGCCCCAGGAGGUGGCACUGUACGGUGAAUUCACAAUGAGGGAGACACUGAAAUACUUCGGCCUAAUUGCGGAUAUGUCCGCAGUUGACAUUGAAGACAGGACCGAAUUUUUACUGAAACUGCUGAAUUUGCCGCACGGAUCAAAGUUUGUGAAAAAUUUAAGUGGAGGCCAACAGAGACGUGUAAGUCUGGCGGUGGCAUUGCUUCAGGAGCCUGAACUUUUAAUUCUGGAUGAGCCCACCGCAGGUGUUGAUCCCGUAUUGCGUCAGAGCAUAUGGGAUCAUCUAGUAGACAUAACCAAGAACGGCAGCACCACUGUAAUAAUUACAACACAUUACAUCGAUGAGUGCGCUCAAGCGCAUGCGAUUGGAUUGCUACGUGGAGGUAGAAUGUUAGCAGAGGAAUCGCCCGAAUAUUUAAGACAGCAGUACAAUGCCGAGUCCUUGGAGGAAGUAUUCUUGAAGUUGGCAAUUCUGCAAAAUAUGGGCAAACGAAGGCGUUCCUCCAUUGCCCAAGAAAUCGUCGAACAGGUGUCAGUGCCGGCCAUCUCAAAUCCAGCGCUUGACUUAUCCGAUGAGCAGGGGGCAGCAGAAAUUUCUGGGGAAUUCGGUGACAACAUAUCAAUGUCUUCGGCAAUUCGUGACCCCAUAACCUCAUCGUCAGUUCCGGCACCACCUCUGCCCCCGGAACAAGAAAUACCUGCAUCAUUCUGGUACCAUUUACACGUCAUGAGUGGCAAUCAUUUACAUGCUCUGAUGUGGAAGAACUUCCUGUGGAUGGUACGCAACGUAGGGGUAAUGUUAUUCAUUCUUGGACUGCCUGUUGUCCAAAUAAUUUUGUUCUGUUACGCGAUUGGCCAUGACCCCACUGGUCUAAAGAUAGCCGUUUCCAAUCACGAACUCUCGGAUGAGAUGGUAGCCCAACAAUUCUGCCCCCAAACGAUGGGGUGCAAUCAGACAAUGUUGAGUUGUCGCUACCUGGACAUGCUUGUCAAAAAUAAGAGCUAUGUUUUGACAUAUACUUACAGCGACGAAGAGGCCCAUGACCUGGUCAGAAGAGGCAAAGCCUGGGGAUCCCUUAUAUUCCAAAGCAACUAUUCAAUUUCGUUGGUAGACCGAACUGAGAAUGCCCGUUACACUGACGACGCGACUGUGGAAUCGUCUGAGCUCGACGUCCGCCUAGAUAUGUCAAAUCAGCAAAUAUCCACGCUCAUUUACAGAGAUUUGCAGUAUACGUUUUUCGAUUUCGUGGAGAAAAUGCUUUUGGACUGCGAGCUAAAUCCGAAGUUAGGUCGAGUUCCCGUUGACUGGAAGGAUCCCAUUUACGGGUUCAACAAUCCGAAUUUCACGGACUUUGCAGCGCCUGGAGUCAUCCUCACCAUUAUAUUCUUCUUGUCGGUGGCCAUAACUUCGGGAGCCAUGCUGAUUGACCGGAACGAGGGCAUGCUGGAGAGAUGUUUGGUAGCCGGAGUUACGGGUCCUGAAAUUCUAUUCUCGCAAGUGUUUACUCAGUUCACCGUGAUGUUUGCCCAAAUGAUAUUUGUCCUCGUAGUCAGCUUCUAUUUCUUCAACCUGACAGUGGUGGGAAACAUUUGGCUUGUGGUCGGUCUUUGCCUUCUAAACGGCCUGUGUGGUAUGUGCUUCGGUUUUGUCAUUGCCUGUGCGGUAGAUACUGAGCGCACGGCAACAUAUGUAGCAAUGGGAUCGUUUCUGCCCAUCGUAAUGUUGUGCGGCAUAAUUUGGCCGAUAGAAGGCAUGUAUCCAGUCCUCCAGUUCAUAACCUUCUUCCUGCCACUUACCAAACCUACCGAAUCGCUGCGUUCGAUCCUGCAGCGGGGUUGGGAUAUGUCCAAUCCAUCUGUUUAUGCUGGUUUUAUAUCCAUAUCAUCCUGGGUGCUAGUCUUCCUUGUCCUGAGCAUAUGCCUGCUCAAGUUUAAAAAGGGAUAAACCUUCA